AUGACCAACCUAACAGCUCUCGAUCCCUUAUUUGAUAAUAGUAAUAACUUGGUGAUUUCACUGGCAUUACGCAUGUCAUUUCCAUUUCCAUCUUCGUCGUCGCCGACAUCGUCGAUUAAUGUGACUCCCUCAGCGAAGAAGAAGAGAGGAAGACCACCGAAAGCAGAUUCAUUAAGUAACAAGAUUACAACAACCCUCAAUAUCAAUGUGAACACUUCUCCAAUGUGCAACAGUCCUACGGCAGAGAACAACUCGAAUAUGAUUGUCAAAAGAGGUGCGCCAGACGUGUUCACCCCUUUGAUGAGGGUUUCUCCUAAUUCAAAGAGAAAGAGAAGCAAGAGCUCUAUGAGUGUGGAAUCGUCUGCAGGACAGAAGAAACUAAAGCAUGAAUUGAUGGUAACUCCUUUAUCAGGAGCUAUCGAUGGGUCGACGUUUACGCCGUACCAUCUGAUUAAUUCUCAAACCUUGGAUAACAUUUCGAUGAUUACUCAAUCUAAUUCUCGUGAUAAUGUUCAAUCGAAUGGUUAUGGCUCUCCACCACUUAAAUCUCUGAAUAUUCUGUAUCGUCAGCCAGAUAUGUUGUCCACUCCUAGUAUUCACAACCCAAAAAAUGUUUUUCCCACUCCGACUAGUAGCAGUGCUAAAUCGAUAGUCAACUCAUCAUAUAUGUUUUUUGGAAACGAAAAUUACGUGCCAGAGACAACUGAAAAAACAAAUAAUGAAACUAAGAACUUGUUACCUCCUGUUGCUAUUACGAAAGAAAUCGUGCCCGUAAGCAAGCCGUUAGAAAAUAAUAAUGACUUUCAACUCAAGCUUACUAUUGACGAUCUGGGUAAGGCAGUGUUAUCAAAUGAUUUCUUUCAGUCAAAUGAUGUAAAGAAGAACGAGAAAAAGCAACCUAAGGUAUCAAAUGUAGAGUUAUUCGAACAGAAAUUUUCUGAAAGCCCUAUUAAAGAAAUGGAUUUGGCAAGAAUAGACUCAACCAUUGGUCUUGAAACUAACCAGGUUUCUCAAAACUACAAGAGAUUCGCCAUUAGUGCCAAGAACGAAGAUGGUGACAAGUCGGUGUCACAUCCAGGGAUUUUGAGAAGACACCAUUCUGACAUUACCGGGGUUUCUUCCAACGCAUUAAGCUCUGCAUCUAAUUUGACAUCUAUUAAUGAGUAUACAAAUGACUCCUUACCAGAAAAAACGCAUUCACAAUUACCGCAAACUCCUAAGCAGAAGGACAACUAUUUCCUCUCAACGGGAUUGACUCCUUCCAAUCUAAAUUUUAAUUUGACUCCAAAUUUCAAUUCAAUGAUGUAUUCUAUUAUGAGCAUCAAUUCCCCACAGCAAAAGAAGAACAUCAACAAUUCGCAGUUCUUAUCAAACCAAGAGUUCUUUAUGAGCGGCGUUUCCGGAGGUCAUCAAGUGCAAUCUCCCCAACAGCCCCCGAUUCAAAACACGGUGUGUAUGACUAGUCUCAUGACCAACGGUUCCAAGCCAAAGAGGUCUCUUGACGGUGCAUUACCUCCAUCAUCGCUGACUCCAUCGACUGCCUCGUCUGCGUCUGACGAUUCUGGCGAUGCCAGAUUAGCGUUGAAGAAAAUCAUUCAAGUCAAGAAAAAAUGA